AUGGUGCAGGACAACUAUAUCAAGCUCGAAAAGAUCGGGGAAGGGACCUAUGGCAAGGUGUACAAGGCCAAGGACCGCACCACCAAUCGGCUGGUUGCUCUGAAGAAGACCCGACUCGAGAUGGAGGAGGAAGGUGUGCCAUCCACCGCCCUGCGUGAGAUCUCCCUGCUCCUCAUGCUCUCCAAGAGCAACCACAUCGUGAGGCUACUGGAUGUAGAGCACAUCGAGGAGAACAACAAGCCCUGCCUCUACCUGGUGUUCGAGUACUGCAGCACCGACCUGAAAAAGUACAUGGAUCGCCUGGGGAAGGGGCCCUCCUUCCCCCUCUCGCUCGUCGUCAUCAAGAGCAUGAUGUACCAGCUGCUCAAGGGUGUAGCCCACAUGCACCGACAUGGUGUCAUGCACCGCGACCUGAAGCCCCAGAACCUGCUGGUGGAGGAAGGGCCCCAUCCAGACCAUCCCCUGCUCAAGGUGGCCGACCUGGGCCUGGGCCGCGCCUUCUCCAUCCCCAUCAAGUGCUACACGCACGAGAUCGUGACCCUGUGGUACCGCGCCCCCGAGGUACUGCUGGGCAUCAGCUGCUAUGCGCCGGCGGUGGACAUGUGGAGCGUCGCCUGCAUCUUUGCCGAGCUGGUCCGCAAGCAAGCCAUCUUCCCCGGCGACAGCGAGCUGCAGCAGCUGCUGCACAUCUUCAAGCUGCUGGGCACCCCCAGCGAGGCCACCUGGCCGGGCGUGGGCAAGCUGCGCGACUGGCACGAGUUCCCGCAGUGGAAGAUGCAGGACCUGGACCUGCUCUUCCCGCGCCUGGAGCCGGCGGGCGUGGACCUGAUGAAGGCCAUGUUCGAGUACGACCCCGUCAAGCGCAUCACGGCCAAGGACGCCCUCCUGCACCCCUACUUUGACGACCUGGACAAGGCGUUGGUGGACAGCAUGGAGGACGAGGAGGUGGGGGAGCAGCUGGCCGCCUCCAUCGCCGCCCUGGCGGCCCAGCGGGCAGGGGAGACGGCGUAG